UCCAGCUUGAAAGUUGAAUGACUGAGAGAGAUAGCGGCUAACCCUGCUUGUAGUCUGGAGCCAUCUGAGUCGGUCCCAGACCGUCCCUUCAAAGGUUGACCUUUCGAUUGAAAGCGACCGACCCUCAUCGCUUCGGUGGAAACGGUGUAAUCUCUGCCGCGCCCUUUUGGCCUAUUUUCAACUUCCCUCCCCCCCCACCUUGCCUUGAACUCAACGCGUGGUCAUCCCCUCCCUAUCUCUACAUUGAUCAGCGUCCCUCGAUUCAAGCUGUACGUACAGAGACUUUGAGUCUACCAUGUCGGCGACACCGAGUGGUGCACCUUCCAAAGCUUCCUUAUCAGUACCUAGGCAUGUCCGACCUCACAAUUCUAGACAGCAUUCAUUCACUUCGGCCGUCUCCGUAACGUCCAAUCAAUCUCACGCCAGGCGACAGGCCCAAGAGUUCAUCGCUUCGGAAGUUCUUACUUUCGGAGGCGAGCCCGGUCCAAUAGACGAUGGAGUAACGAGGUGGCUGUACCCGGAUGGUGUCCCAACAACAAACGUAGACGGUCAAACGGGACACAACCAUCAUCAUCAUCACAAUCCCCAUGAUCAUCCUGAUGCCGAACAAGAGGAAGAUGACGAGAUUUCCGAGGAGGAGAGCGAAGAAGAUGUGCCAGAUGAGCAGAGCAUCCACGAUGCCGAAUGGGAAGCUGCGAGAGUGGGAUCCAUCGCUAGACGAUCCUUAUGGCGCAAACCAAGACCAGCUUGGAUAUACCCUUUCAUCAUUACAGCCACAUUGACUGGCGGAAUGUCGGCCGCUCCGAGAAGUGAAUUGUACAUCAAUCUGGCCUGUCUUUCGCACCCUCCUAGACAGCCCUCGUCGAUGGAGGACAUGACCCUGGCGCAAGACCUUCAAAUGUCAUUCUCAUCCUUGUCGAAUGUCGAGUCACCUUGGACCUCUGACUUACAGACCAAUGUCUCUGUACCGACUACAGAUAAGCCCGCCAAAUCCCCAGCAGACGAGUGGUUCUUGCGAAUGCAAAGAGAGAUGUACGAAUGGAAUAUGUCACACCAACAACAAGCCUCCAACCCAGGUCAUGACAUUCCCUCAUCCCAAUCGCCGUCAUCCACAAUCCUCUACCCCUCAGGACCCAUCCCUCAUCCAACCCAAUCUCCAACUGAUCCCGACGGUCAACCGGGUCAAAGUGACGAUACCCCUGCUGGCAACGGAAGUCAAGGAUCGUCACCCAUCAACAGUCAUCCACCAUUCAGAGCUAUCGAUCCGGCUCUUUGCAAGCGUGAUCCCAAAGUCCAGGCCGCCGCAGCUCGUCUGACCAUGAGCAUGAUGCUCGUUGCAGGUAUUCUAUCUGCCCUGACAACUGGUUAUUGGGGUCAGAAGAGUGACAAGGUUGGCAGAUCAAAGCUCAUGUCCCUGACCACCGUCGGGCUGGCGCUGGGAGAGCUUAAUUUCGUCCUCGUUGCAUCCUUCCCAUAUCUAGCACCGGGUGGAUACCGAGCUUUGCUUAUCGGACCUUUCUUAGACGGUCUCUUGGGAGGAUACUCUACAAUCUCAGCCACUGUCCAUGCUUACAUCUCCGACACGACGCCUGAUGGUUCUCGGGCCUCUGCAUUCUCCAGACUCGCCGGAAUCACAAUGUUCGGUUUUGCCUCCGGUCCAGUCCUGGGUAGUUUGCUGAUCAAGGCCACGGGCAAUAUCAUGAUCCCAUUCUACGCCAAUGUCAUCCUCCAUAUCGUCAGUAUUCCCGCCUACUACUUCCUUUUACCGGAAUCCCUCUCGUCCGAAGCCAGACGACAUCUUCGAAAGAUGGCCAAGAUCUCACGUCUCGCCGAAAAGAGGAGAGACGCCAUGGAGCGAGAAUGGGAGAACGAAGAUCCCGAUGAGACGGAAGAGCCCGCCACGCCUGGCGUAUCUGGCAGGCGAUUCUCAACCGCAGGACAUAGUCGUCGACGAAAAAGAUUCGUUGGCAAUGCCAAGCGGCUCUUCAGGCGAAUGACAAGAUUCGCUAGACCUCUUCAAGUCUUUGCACCGGUUGAAAGGCCCGAUGGAAGAGGCAAAGACUACAACUUGACCCUCGUAGGCCUGGGAAUGUUUGUGUGCUCCUUGAUGAUGGGAAAUCUCAUCGUCAAGAUGCAAUAUGCGUUCUUCGCCUUUGGAUGGACAUCGGCCGAGGUGGGACCUUACAUGUCUCUGCUUGGUGCCACCCGUGGUACAGUAUUGCUGCUCAUUCUUCCGAUCAUUAUGCACUACGCGAAGCCGCGAUUCAGGCAGGCCGGACUGAUCGGAAACAGCCUUCCAGAACCAGCUCCCGACGCCUCCGAGCCUCACUCAUCCGGUCGAGACCCGUCCGUAUCCACGACCGCUUCGAGUGUAAAGGCCGUCACCAUGGCAAAGCCUCAACCUUCGCUCCUGGAUUUGGUCACUGUGCGGGUCUGCAUGUUCAUCGAAUUCACCGGAUGGACCCUGUUGGCGUUUGGACAGAAUGCCAGAAAUUAUGUUUUGUGCUCCAUGGUCAUCACUCUGGGCUCAGCAACCGGACCAGCUCUGAAUUCCCUGGCGCUAUCUUUGAUUCCAAGUCAAGCUGAAGCCGGUAGAUUAUUCGGAGCCAUCAGCGUCAUUUCAGCCGUUGGAGCCACCUUGAUCUCGCCUCUGAUCUUUGGAAAUCUCUUUGCAGUGACGGUUGGAUGGUACGCGCCGACCAUCUUCGUCCUAUGUGCUUUCAUCAUGGGUUGCGCUCAGCUCUGCAUCAGUCUGAUCAGACUAGAGACGCCGGACGAGACUCGAAAUGCGGAGCGUGGACGAAGUCGACGCGUCAAAAGGGUCAACAGUAGUGUCUCGCGGCGACCAGAUAUGCGGACCUCUAGCAAGGGGAAGCGGUCGAGAUCUCGGGGAUCUAACUGAGUAUCCAGAAAGACAUCAGACGACUAGGAACUGCCACGCUAACACAAGCCAAACCGCUUUUGGACCCUCUUUGAUCUCUGUAUUAUCAUACUCAAACACGGAAUGUAUGGACAUACCCUUGUGUCCCUC